UUCAUUUCAGAUGUGAUUGUGAAGGAGGAGAGUGAAGAACUGAGUGACGAUGAGGAGAAACAUCAUGUCAAAAGUGAAACUGAAACUUUUUUAUUAAAAACAACAACAGCUGAAAAUGAUUUCACCUGCACUCAGUGUGGAAAGAGUUUAAGCUGCAAAUACACUCUCAACCUUCACAUGAGGAUCCACACCGGAGAGAAACCUCACAGAUGUGAUCAGUGCAACAAAACGUUUUUGAGGCCUUCAGAGCUGACGAAGCAUCUUCGAGUUCAUACAAAAGAAAAGCCGUAUUCAUGUUCUGAGUGUGGGAAGAGCUUUACACAGCAGUCAGGUCUGAAACUACAUGAGAAGAUCCACACUGGUGUGAAAGAGUUUGUGUGCUUUGCGUGUAAGAAGACGUUUAUUAGAGCUCCAGAAUUGAAACAGCACCAGAGGAUUCACACCGGAGAGAAACCCUACGUGUGUUCACACUGCAACAAGACAUUCAGUCGGAUACAACCAUUGAAAGCACACCAGAUGAUUCACACAGGAGAGAAACCGUACACAUGUACUCACUGUGGGAAGAGCUUCAGACACUCAACAUCUCUUAAUCGACACAAUCUGAUCCACACUGGAGAGAAAACACACCAAUGUGAGCAAUGCAGCAAGACAUUCUUAAGACCUUUAGACUUGAAGAUCCAUCUUAGAGUUCAUACAAAGGAGAAGAACUAUUUGUGUACUUUGUGCGGAAAGAGUUUUACAACGCAGUCAACUUUAAGACUACAUCAGAAGAUCCACGCUGGUCUGAGAGAGUUCGUGUGCUUUGACUGCAAGAAGACUUUUAUCACGUUAGGAGACUUAAAACAGCAUCAGAGGAUUCACACUGGAGAGAGACCCUUUGUGUGUUCACACUGCGGCAAAACAUUCAGAUAUUCAGGACAUCUGAAAGCACAUGAGAGGACUCACACUGGAGAGAAACCGUUCACAUGUACUCAGUGUUGGAAGGGUUUCACGCGAUCAACACACCUUAAUAAGCACAUGAGGAUUCACAGCUAAUCACAUCCUAGGGUGCUGUACCUGGUUGUUAGGGUGUGGCUAGAAUGUUAUGAGGUCAUCAUUGAUUGGCUGCUGGACAUUGAGCUCUAUUUUAAUAAUGUAGGCGGCGAAUUCUAAAGCGCAUAGCGCAAAAGCAUUAAGGCCGUGUCCGAAUCCACUUUUGGUAUUUUAAGGACAGAAAAAUACGCUCUGCACCGUGGCGCAUGGUCUAACAGGGUUGAGCUUAUUCUCUCAAAGAGUUCUGGGUGUGUUUUAAGCAUAACAUGCAUUAAACCAGUCAGAAUAUCAUCCCAUUCUCUUUGAGAGUCAGUUGCAACGCUCGAUGGUGCAUUUGCUAUUUAUUUGGCGACUUAGUAAAACUGAACGCUUCACUAGAGAAAAAAAUGUUAAACAGAAAAUCUGCAGCGCGAGGAUAAAGAACGAGCCUCCAU